CAGUUAAGCGAUAAAAUGUGGGGACAGGUGAUGAACAACACUGGAUUAAGCAGAACAAGAAGACGAAACUAAAUAUUUUCCGUUCCUUGCUGGAAAAAAAAUAAUAGGACUUGCCGAAAAAGCAACCCCGACACAAACCAGGAAAGUCGGAGCUAAGAUGCCAGGAACUCUGAACAAGGUGCUGCUAGGAGCAGGUGCCGCGGGUGUGGGAGUAGCCGCCUGGCAGACAACAUUCCCAUGGAUCAAGUAUGAUGUUCAGAUGAUGAAGUUUCAGCAGCAUAUGAAUAAAAUGCGCCAAGAAGCCCUGAGCAGCUUCUUGAUUGACAAAUUUGAGACCCAUGCAGACAAGCAGCCCAAGAAGGCAAUGCUCAUUUUUGAGGACUCUGUGUAUACUUACGAGUUUAUGGAGCUCCAGGCCAACCGUGUGGCCAAUGCAGUGCGAUGUCUUGGACUCAGCUUUGGGGACACAGUCGCCAUGAUGAUCCACAAUGAGCCAGCUUUUGUCUGGACAUUUUUGGGAUUGCAAAAAAUAGGAAUCUCAGUGGCACUCAUCAACAUCAAUCUACGCACAAAACCCUUGGUAUAUUCCAUAUUAGCAUCGGAUCCCAAAGCUAUCUUCGUGGGACCUGGGUUUGACCUGCUUCAUGCAGUCAGUGAUGUACUGGAGGACCUACAGGGUCUCCCCAUUUACAUCCAGGGGUGUACAGGACAUGAGGUGCCACUGGGAAUGAAUGAUUUUGACUUUCUCAUGGCACAGUCUUUACCUGUGAGGACUGAUCGAAGUGUGAGAAAAAACAUGAACAAGGAGUCUACUCUCUGUUACAUCUACACAUCAGGAACAACGGGUCUUCCAAAGCCGGUAUUUGUCAGUCAGGGCAAGGGUUCUGGAUUGUCAAUUGGUUUGCAAGGAGUCACAAUGUCAGCAGACGAUGUUGUGUACACAUGCCUUCCUUUGUACCAUGCUGCCGGCGGUGGCAUUGGUCUGUUUGGUGUUAUAGAGAGAGGGGCCACAAUGAUUUUGGCACAAAAGUUCUCUGCAAGACAUUUCUGGCCUGACUGCCAGAAGCAUGGUGCUACAGUUGUUCAGUACAUUGGAGAGAUCUUAAGAUAUGUGUUAGCACAGCCUCCGAAUGAACUGGACUGUGUACACAAUGUUAGGGCAGCAAUAGGAAAUGGUCUUUGCAAAGACGUUUUCACGGCAUUCCAGGAGAGAUUCAGAAUUCCUUUUGUUUGCGAAUUGUAUGGUGCGACAGAAGGUGUGGGACUUAUCUUCAACAUUGCCAACAAACCGGGGGCCAUUGGACGGCUGUCCCCACUACUGAACAAAACUGAUCCAACCCCAAAAGAGUUGGUCAAGUUUGAUUAUGCAACAGCUCAACCAAUCAGAGAUAAAAAUGGACAUUGCAUCAAAGUCAAAAUUGGUGAACCUGGUCUGUUUUUGAGUAAAAUUCCAGAUGAGAUGCGCCAAGGAAAGGAUACUGUAAGAGUAUACAAGGCAUCAGAAGAAGCCAAUGAAAAAAAGCUUGUUAGGAAUGCUUUUGCUGAUGGUGAUUUAUAUUUUAACUUUGGGGAUGUGUUGUACCUAGACAAGGACUACUUCUUGUACUUCCACGACAGAAUCGGUGACACAUUCAGAUGGAAAGGGGAAAACGUAUCCACAACUGAGGUGUCAAAUGUUCUUUCUUUGCUUUCUUUCAUCGGUGAUGCUAAUGUGUAUGGUGUUCAAGUACCAGGUCAUGAUGGGCGUGCAGGAAUGGCUGCAAUCACUCUCAAAGAAGGCAAUAAAAUAACAGAGGCACAGCUGAAGCAGCUGUACCAGCUGUGUGAAGAUGACCUGGCAAGCUAUGCUCGCCCCUUAUUCAUUCGUAUUUUAAGCCAGUCAGUGCUGUCAGUCACCUUCAAACAUCAGAAAUACGACCUUGUGCAAGAAGGUUAUGACCUAACAAAGGUCACUGACCCUCUAUACUACCAUAAUUCCUCAGCACAGACAUACAGCCCACUGACUGCUCAAGUGUUGUCUACAUUUCUACAGUCACGGCUCUGAAUGUGAAUUCUUCAGCCUAAUACCUGUGUAAUAUGUCUCUGAAGGUGUGAACAAGAGGAGAUGAUAAAUUAACUUUCCUGUUCUCUUUUAUAAUGUAAGAAAAAUGGUGAGUGUUGUUAGGGAGAUGCUCAGGGUACCACAUAACCAGACUAAGGGACUAAUCAAUGAUGCUGAUGCUGAUUAUUUUGGUAACAGUACUAUUGUAAGGCUGCUGUUGUGAUAAAACUGUAUACUUUUGUGAUUGAAUGUUCUUUAACACACUUAGUGCUCUCAUACCAUGCUUUGAAGAUCACAAUAAUCAGUCCAGGUAUGGACAAUAAUCAGACAAUAUCUAAAUAGUUUAAAAGGGACGCACACAGUAUACUCUGUGGAUAAAAUUGUGAACAAGAG